AUGACGAGCUCUGCCCCAACGAGCUUCCCCAAGAGGAAGCUGGGGGUGACGCCCGCGGGGUCCUUUGACGGGCCGCUUGAGGCUGACCUCCACAGCACGCAGGAAUUGGAGCAGCUUUUGGCCGAGUUGGGUUUGUACAAGAGCGAGGAGACCGCUAGGCAAGAAGAGGUGCUGAGGAAGCUUGACAAGAUUGUGAAAGAGUGGGUGAAGGAGUUGGCUAUUCAGAGAGGCCAAGUCAACACAAAUGUCGGGCUUUUCACCUUCGGGUCAUACCAUCUAGGGGUUGAUGAACCUGGGGCUGACAUCGAUACUUUAUGUGUUGGACCAAACAGGAUUUUUUUACUAUACUGCGUGGCAUACUGGCACAAAUGGAAUAAGUGUCUGAACUGCAACCUCUCCCUGAUGCACAUUUCCCUGCUAUGA